UGCGCCGGAAAGGGACAAACAUCAAAAGGAGGCGUUGUCCUCCACACAAUUUUAUGCAAAAUAUCAACAACCUAAUUGAAUGUACUAUAAUAUCGUCGUGCAAAAGGAAUUGUUGCAUACUGCGACGCAUUGAAGUCGAGAGAGAAACAAAGGUGGCAAUACACCGACGUCCACGUGAUGGAGACAGAUGGGGACCAAAACCAGGGCUCUACCAAUGGAACCACUCCAUCAGGGGUGAACUCCCGCCCCUCUCAAAUGAACUCCAUGUCCCUGUACGAGAGACAGGCUGUGCAGGCCCUUCAGGCGCUGCAGAGGCAGCCCAACGCAGCGCAGUACUUCCAGCAGCUUAUGCUGCAGCAACAGAUCAACAGUGCCCAGCUACAAAACCUGGCUGCAGUACAACAGGCCACCCUUGCUGCCAGUCGUCAGUCCAGCCCUCCCGCCAACAGCACCUCUCAGACCACAAGCACAACAGUCACAUCUAUGAAUGUAACCACUUCUGGGGGUGGUGCCAUAACCAGCACCCGCGCUAUAGGCCCAGGCUCCUCCGCGACAUCCACUAUAAGCCAAUCAGUGCUGCUGGGCGGAAACGCGGCAGGACAGGGACAGAUGUAUCUGAGAGUGAACCGGUCUCUGAGGUCUCCCCUCUCCUCCCAGCUCAUCUUUAUGCCUGGUAGCACAGCAACCACUGCCAUGGCAACAGUCACGCAGCAGCCACAGACUCAGCAGCAGCAACAACGGGAAGAUACACCUACUUCCUCCAGCAACCAAUCAGACAAUGACCAGGUACAGAACCUGGCUCUGCGAUGUGUCGGCAUUCCCAAGGGGGUCGGGGUCAAGACUGAAAACCCAGAGAGGGGUGAAACAGCGACCUACUCCCUUAUCCAGUCAUCUCACCAGCAGUUCAAUCAGUCCACUCCACAGUCUACCACUAAACCAACCCAACAGCAACAGUCCCACAUCAAGAUCCCCACCUACAUCCAGAGCUCCAACGCCAACCUGUCCUCUCUCAACCUCAAGACAGGCAACCACCACUCCAACGCCCCCUCACCCUCCACCUCUGUCCCACUCUCACAGCUCCUCCUCUCCGGACCCAACUUUGGCCGGGGCGGGGCUAUCACCACGGUAACCUCCGCCGCCACGGCGACGCACAUUCUGGUACCCACCUCCAAUGCGCCCACCCAGUCCCACAGUUACCAGGUGGCUGCUGCCACCAUCAAGCCCAAUGUUAGUACUCAAACGCUGGUGGUUCAGCCUUUGCAGAAAAGCACUGUUAAUGACAAAGGAGGCCACGGGAACGGUCCCGUUCCAAUCCAGCCGAAAACUCAACAGGGUCUCCGUAUGCCCCUGCAACUGCCAUCCCGCAACCCGCCUGCCAUCCUCCCCGCACCCCCCGCCAACAAUCAGACUAGUGCCGCCCAGCCUCCGCCGCACAUCCCAGUCCAGAUAGUAGGAGCCAGGCAGAGCUCCAUAGGAAGCCCCCAGGCUUUGGCCUUGGUCCAGGCCCGGAACACCUGUUCACAGGAUGGAGCUACUCUUCUGAGUAGUUCCAGCAGAGCCAGCAUUCUCACCAUGGUGGCCUCCAUCACUUCCAGAGAGGGAGGGGUGAUAAACCGACGGACGAAUUUAAAGAGCCUUCAAUCAGCCCAGGAAGCACUCCCAUUGGCCCACAUCUCUCACGUGCAAGCCAAUCAGAAUCAGAGCCCUGGGCUGAAGCCAAAUCCAAAUUGCACCUUGGCCAACAGCAUCUCCUCUCAGUCCCAAGCAGCCAUCUCUCCUCCCACCCUCUCCCAUUCCUCCCACACUUUACCCCUGCCUUUGGUUGAGGCGAGCAGCACCGUAGUGGCUGCCAAUGGAGAGUCUAUGUGUUCUCAGCCUCCCCAGGGUAAGUCGAUGAAGAGGAAAUCCGAGUCAGUCGCAGCCAAUGACGAAGAUGGUCCCCCUCCUCCCCACCUUGUUCCAAUGAGUGAACACUCCCCUGCCCUCUCCUCCUCCGCCAUGGAAGCAGGCCCUGGUCCACUUUCUCCCUCUCCCUCUCUUUCCCCUGCUCUCUCGAUGUCCCGUAUGGGGGGUGGCCAGGGGGAGAGAGCCCCCCCUCAACAGGCUGUGGUCAAACCCCACGUCCUCACCCACCUCAUAGAGGGCUUUGUCAUCCAGGAGGGAGCUGAACCUUUCCCUGUGAGUGGGCCAGUGAAGGAGCCAGCUGGAGAAGAUUUGGCCAUGGACAAUCUAGACGCUAGUCAGCCUGAGACUGUGAAUACAGCUACAGGUUCGGCUCAGACCACAGUCCCAGUGCUGAAAUGUGAGUACUGCAAAAGCUUCGCCCCAGCCAGACAGUUUAGAGGGACCAAGCGCUUCUGCUCCUUGACCUGUUCCAAGAGGUAUAAUGUGAGCUGCAGCCAGCACUUCCGCCUGCGACAGGGGGGUCACCUCUCCCACUCUGACGAGGACGGGGUCCUGAGGAGGAGGGUUCCCCACAGGACCAGCUCCGAAAUCGCCAGUGCCAAAAUAGCCGGGAGACCCUUACCAGUUAAGUGCCGCUCAGAGUCCAGCCGAUCGGAGGACGUCUCCAGCUGCGGAGAGGAAGAGGACGACCUCAUGUCCCUCUCCCCGGCCUCCUCUUCUUCCUGCCACCAGCCUCCGCCCACACUCCGAUUGGAGGGCUCGGAGACGCCCCACUUCCUGCCCGGCAGCCCCGCCCAGUGGAGUGUGGAGGAAGUGUCUCAGUUCAUAUCAUCUCUGCAAGGCUGUGAGGAGCUGGCGGACCAUUUCCUGUCGCAGGAGAUUGACGGACAGGCCCUGCUGCUACUCCGAGAGGAGCAUCUCAUGUCCACCAUGAACAUCAAGCUCGGUCCCGCCCUCAAGAUCUGUGCCCACAUCCACAACCUGAGAGACUGAGAGGAAGAAUGAACGGAGGAAAGGAGAGGUACUCCCAAGAGAAGAAGAUGUGAUGGAGAGAGAAAGGAGGUGACAAUAUGGCUGUUGAAAUACUUUUGAACCGUAUUAAGUGGGGUCCCUGUUGAUUUUACUAUGUUUUGUCAAAACAAACAUAGAAUGAAAAGCGGAAAAAAUGAGCCUUCUAUCCACAAAACGUGGACCUUAAAUGUGGAGUAUUAUGUUAUAUUAUGUGAGUGUGCAAACCCUUUAUAUGUGUGUAAUAUUUGCCUAUAUAUUUAAAUAUACCUUUGUUGGCUGGACUGCCUUUGUUUA